UGUCAGGACAGUGAGGCAGGGGCUGCUGCAGGGAGCCAAUUGGACAUCUGCAGGGCCCCCCUGGAGGCCUUGGAUGGCCACAUAGGGUCUGCCCAUCAGGAGAACCCCCAGAUGGUCACAAUCCCCAAAGACAGCCAGACCCCCGGGGACCCAGCCUCUCACAGUCAGUCCUCCCACCCGAGUGACCCCGAUGGCGGCCUCCCAGCUGGCGGCGCUGGAAGGAGUGGACUCCGGUCCCAGGGUGCCCGGGGCCAGCCCCGGCUUCCUGUAUUCCGAGGGCCAGCGGCUGGCACUGGAAGCUCUGUUGAGCAAGGGCGCGGAGGCGUUCCAGGCCUGUGUGCAGCGCGAGGAGCUGCGGCCCUUCCUCAGUGCGGAUGAGGUCCAGGGCUUGGCAGCGGCAGCUGAAGACUGGACGGUGGCCAAGCAGGAGCCCGGCGGGAUGGCAGAGGGAGCCACCACCGCCGAUGGGGACGCGGGCAGCCUGAGCUACUGGCCUGGGCAGUCGGAGCAGCCGGCGCCCAUCCUGCGGCUGGGCUGGCCAGUGGACUCUGCGUGGAAAGGCAUCACCCGGGCGCAGCUGUACACCCAGCCUCCUGGAGAGGGCCAGCCGCCCCUCAAGGAGCUGGUGCGGCUGGAGAUCCAGGCUGCCCACAAGCUGGUGGCCGUGGUCAUGGAUGUCUUCACUGACCCAGACCUGCUUUUGGACUUGGUGGAUGCUGCCACGCGCCGCUGGGUACCUGUCUACCUGCUCCUGGACCGCCCGCAGCUGCCUGCCUUCCUGGAGCUGGCCCAGCAGCUGGGGGUGAACCCCUGGAACACGGAGAACGUGGAUGUCCGCGUCGUGCGGGGCUGCAGCUUCCAGAGCCGCUGGCGACGGCAGGUGAGCGGCACCGUGCGGGAGAAGUUUGUGCUGCUGGACGGCGAGAGGGUCAUCUCAGGAUCUUACAGCUUCACGUGGAGUGACGCACGCCUGCACCGAGGCCUGGUGACCCUGCUGACUGGUGAAAUUGUCGACGCCUUCAGCCUUGAGUUCCGGACGCUGUACGCGGCCUCCUGUCCGCUACCACCUGCGCCCCCCCAGGAACCCUCGGUCAUAGGUGGCCUGCAGCGGGGCCGCAGCCCUCACCGCGUGUCCCGCCGCCGCUCUGUGGCCCCCACGUCGCCUCCACCACCUGACGGCCCACUGGCCCACCGCCUGGCCGCCUGCCACGUCUCCCCUGCUACCCCGGGGCCGGCACUCAGUGACAUUCUAAGGAGUGUGCAGCGCGCCCGGACCCCCAGCGGCCCCCCGGCCCGGCCCAGCCGCUCCCUGUGGGACCUAAGCCGCCUGUCCCAGCUGUCUGGCUCCAGUGAUGGGGACAACGAGCUCAAGAAAUCCUGGGGCUCCAAGGACACUCCAGCCAAGGCUCUGAUGAGGCAGCGGGGCACUGGAGGAGGCCCCUGGGGGGAAGUGGACUCCCGACCUCCCUGGGGCGGUGCCCUGCCCCUGCCCCCUGCCCACCGCCUCCGCUAUCUGUCCCCAGCCCGAAGGCGGUUCGGUGGGGAUGCUACAUUCAAACUUCAAGAGCCCAGAGGCGUCAGGCCGUCAGACUGGGCCCCCCGGGCAGGACUUGGGGGGCAACCCUGAGCAGGAGCCCAAGCCAAAUCUGCUGACCCACCCAAGGAGCAGUGCCGGACAACUGUCGGCUCAGAGCCCCCUGCCUCGAUGCCCUGCCUUGGACAAGGCUUCUGGCCUCGGCGUCUGUCAAGCAGAAGGGAUGUUUGUUACUUGUUCUGCAACUUGGGCUGGGAGUGGUGGCUCAUGCCUGUAAUCCCUGCACUUUGGGAGGCUAAGGUGGGAGGGUUGCUUAAGGCCAGGAGUUGGAGACCAGCCUGGGUAACAUAGUGAGACCCCAUCUCUACAAUAAAAAAAUCAAAUUAGUUGGG